AUGGAUCCUUAAACUUUUUGCUUGUAAUUUGUUAUGGAAAACCGAAAACCCAUCCUGGAAAACAAAUGCCUGGUAUUUAUAGCAUUUUUUCUCAGUGCUUCCAUCGUCUGUUUCGUGCAGUUUUGGCAUUUUGCUGCCGUUCUGGCUUUCCCGCUGUUGUUGUUGCCGCCUAACGAUUUUUCCCGCAAACAACACGGCGGACUGAAACGUGUCAAGCCAAAGGAAAAGCCAAAAUGAAAAGCCCAACGGGCGGCGAGAGAAAUGAGAGAACAUUAACAGCAAGGUGGCAGUCGUAAAUCGCGAAUCGUAAACACAUUUUUUUUGGGCUCUGCGGGUAGCCAGCUGAAAGUAACAGUCAGCCUGGUUUAUCGGAAUCGUUUUUGAUUUCCUGCCUUUGGCCUGUUUUCCGUAGUCCGUAUUCUAUAGUCCGUAUUCCGUGCUCCGUACUUUGCUGCUUCUUGCCACUUCCAUUCGCUUUUGGGGGUUUUCCUGGUCGCUCGGUUUCGGUUUCGGUUACGGUUACGGUUUCAAUUUCAGUCAGUCAGCUGCUGCUUUUCACGUGGCACGUGUCGUAUGAGUAAUAUUUUUUCGGGGGCCCCUUUUUCGUUGCUUGCAGUCGCCACAACACCACUACUCAAGAAAAUAACAAUAAUCAAAGACUGUUUAAUUGAUAUAUCAACUGACACAAAUUAAUAAAGUGCUUAAAUCAAUCGCAAUUGCAAAGUGUUCAAAAUUCUUAGGCCUAAUACCAAAAAAAAAUAUAUAUAUACCCACAUAAUCGCUAAAAGACGUUGAAAAUUUGGCCCCCAAAAUCGAUUCACCGAAAUCGCAUUCUAAAUGUUCGACUGGAUUGAAUUUAACAAAGAAGCGUAGACGAAAUACGAAUGCAAAUUAGAUGCAAAAUAAAUGGGUAAAAUGAGGUCAAGUAAAUACGAUGUUACCACAGCUUACGGUCUAUGCCAAGAUUAUUUACCUCCUGAUGGUGGUGAUUUCAGGUGCAUUAUGUACAGUAGAAGAUUACGUAAUAAUGUCACAGUGUGCACACAACAAAGCCAUACACCUAGCUGCGGAAGGAACAGUCUCAGUGACAGACACUUCACAGAUACAAAAUAUAACGAUAGUCGGCUUCCCGGAUUAUCUGAACAACGAAUUCAAAAUAGCACUGUACGCAAAAGAAACUCAAAGAUAUUUGUGUUUCAACGACAAUUGGAGAUUAGUUGGCAUGAGGGAACUGCGAGAUACCUGCUAUUUCAACGAGACCAUCGUGCACGGUUAUUUCGUGUUCCGUGCCGUUGUCGAUUUGCAGCGACGUGUCGGGUUCACGCACCGAGGUAAGCCUGUGGGGCCCAAGAAGAGCGUCAACGAUGCCUGCUACAUGUUCAAUAAGAUCGAGGCCGAGCAGUUUUUCCGCCAUCACCAUAAUAAUAAUGGCAAUAGUGGCAGUGGCAGUGGCAGUGGCAACAGCAACAACAACAAUGGCAGCAGCAACAUACGGAAGCCCCCGCGCAACAACAAAAACAAUCGCCACAAAUCGAAUAACCAAAAUCAAAAGUUGCAACAGCAACAGGAGCAUCAUGGCCAUAAUAAUAAUAACGUUAUUCUUAAUAAUAGUAGUAGUAGUUUAAGUAGCACUAACAAAAAGCAAUUAGCGAUAAACCGGCAGAAGCAGCAGCAACAGCAGCAGCAACAUCAGGUGCGACAUCAUCACAAUGAUCCAUCGCUGCUGCUGCGACGACAGCAACAUGAGAAGAAGCAGAAGCGGCGCAAGCAACAGAAGCAACACCAACACCAACAGCAACAACAACGAGUAUCAGCUAGUCCAUCGAAACGAAUGCCUGCAACAGCAACAGCAACAACAACGGCAACUAUUGCAGCCACAUCUACGACAGCAGCAACAGCAACAACAUUGAGCAGCAAACGCAAGGGCCGGCGAAGAAAGGUCAAGGGCAAACCAAAAUCACAGCAGCAACUGCUUGCCACAGCAGCAACAUCACCGUACACCGACGACACCCUCUACAGCAGCAGCAGCAGCAGCAGCAGCACGGGUUUCGAGGAUUUGGAUACCCUCAACAGCAGUAGCAGCAGCAGCAGUAGCAGCAGCAGCAGCUCCAGCUUGGAGCCCUGGUCCACUUGGUCCACGAUCGACAGCUUUAGCAGCAGCAGCACAACAGCAACAACUGACGACAGUAUUAGCAGCAGCAGCAGCAGCAACUACGAUGCCUGGGCCACCUACAUCACCGAAAUGGAGGCCGAGGCAUCGGCCAUGACGCCCGAGAUGAGCGGCAACGACACCGAGUUGCUGCAAUACGAGGCCGAAAUGGUGGACGAUUCGGAGGCGGAGUCCACGGCGACAUAUGAAACCAAAGCAACAUCAGCAAUAGCGGCAACGGCGGCCACAACUACCUCGACAGCGGGCUCGCAGUUGGUGAUAGAGCAGACGCCGCUGGCCAGGAGCAACAGAAGGAACAGCAGCAACAUCGGCAGCAGCAGCACGCCGGCAACACCAACGGCAACCAGUCAGACUGAAAAAAUACAGAUCACGCAGCAGCCUAGCAGGCAUCGCAGCAACAGCAGGGAAAAUCCCUCGGUAAACACGGACAAUUCCGAGAUGUUGCUGGCGGCUGAGAAUGAGGUGAAGCCACAGCAGCCACGCAAGUUGCUGUGGACCCUGCAACCGCCCGCUGAAACACGCGACAGCACGCGAGCAACAUCUAUGACAACACCGAUGCAGCAACUUUCCAGCACGGCAGCAACAUCGGCCACGACACCCCAGCAACAUGUUGCUCCUUCACUCUUCAGUGUGGACAAGAACAUCAAUAGCAACCUGAACAACACGCUAACAGAGGCAUCGCUGACGGCAGCAGCAGCAACAACCAGCGUUACGGCAGCAACAACCAUGAAGAGACCUGUGCGCAAGUUCACCAGGAAGCUGAUGGCCACGCCCUAUCACCAGUUGACCUAUGUGCGAAAUGCGGGCGGAGACAUUGAUAUCGACAACCUGGACAACAUCAGUGUGUACCCCGUGGUCUACAAUGGCGAUCUGGAGGGGAUCGGAGGCGGCAACAGCUCCGACGGCGGCUUCAGCGGAUUCCUGCCCACCUCGACCACUUCCCAUCUGACGGAACCGAUUCGUAUCGGCAUGAACAGGAUCAGGCCGAACAGAACACUGCACUGGUUCACUCACCAGAGAUUUGCGUAGUAGUUAGGGACUAUCAGGCUUUGGCUAUUAAAUGUUUA